ACCAAAUUAAAAGCUGCAACUUCUGAUUCUGACUCGUUUGGUUUCGCACCAAUCAUUGUUAUUCAGCUCAACUUUCUUUACGUCUUUCCCUUUUCUCUUAAAUUUUCUCAGAAACCAAACACCGACCAAACCCUCCUUCAAAUCUCGGCAAUUUCUUCUUCAUCUUGUUCUUCUCUUCGCGAUCCGAACACUGGUUGGGGAUUUUUGGAAAAUUUAGCUGCAUGAGCUGGUUUGGGAAACUGCGUUUAUUCUCGAAUUUGAAUUCAAUUAACUCAAUUAAUUGUUUCUUAAUUUUUAUCCUUCAUUUCUCUCCUCAAUCAAGCACUUCAUUCGAGACUAAUUGUAAUUCCCUCCAACAUUUAUUAUUCAAUUUUAAUCUCAAUUGUAAUCGCGGAUCAUCUUCUUCUUCGCAUUAUGGAGUCCCGAUCCAAGAGUAAUCACCAAUUACAACAAGGUGUUUGCUCUGCCCGGCCGCAGAAGAGGUCGCCGUCUGUUAUUGUGAUAGGCGGUGGCAUUGCUGGGCUUGCUGCUGCUCGUGCGCUACAGGACGCCUCGUUUAAGGUUGUUCUCUUAGAAUCACGGGAUAGACUUGGUGGCCGGAUUCACACUGAUUAUUCAUUUGGUUUUCCAGUUGACCUGGGUGCAUCAUGGUUGCAUGGAGUUUGCAAGGAGAAUCCUCUGGCUCCACUGAUUGGGAAGCUAGGACUACCUUUAUACCGUACUUCAGAGGAUAACUCUGUCCUUUAUGACCAUGAUUUGGAAAGUUAUGCGCUGUUUGAUAUGGAUGGGAAUCAAGUUCCUCUAGACUUGGUGAUAAAAGUUGAUAAAAUAUUUAAAAUGAUUUUAGAGGAGACAGAUAAUGUACGACAGGAAUUCAGUGAAGACAUGUCUAUACUCCGCGCACUUUCAAUUGUUUUUGAAAGAAAGCCAGAACUGAGGUUGGAGGGGCUUGCCCACAAGGUGCUUCAGUGGUAUUUAUGUAGAAUGGAGGGCUGGUUUGCUGCAGAUUCUGAUUCCAUUUCACUAAAAUGUUGGGAUCAGGAAGAAUUGCUCCCUGGUGGUCAUGGUCUUAUGGUCAGGGGCUACUUGCCUGUUAUACAUACACUAGCCAAGGGUCUUGAUAUUCGCCUGGGACACAGGGCAACAAAAAUAGUUAGGAUGUAUAAUGGAGUAAAAGUGACGGUGGAAAAUCGGAAAACAUUUUUUGCUGAUGCUGCUAUUAUUACUGUACCUCUUGGGGUGCUGAAAGCAAAGAGCAUAAUAUUUGAGCCAAAGCUCCCAGACUGGAAAGAAGCUGCCAUUAGUGACAUUGGGGUUGGAGUUGAGAAUAAAAUAAUUUUACACUUCAAAAACGUAUUUUGGCCAAAUGUGGAGUUCCUUGGAGUAGUUGCAGAGACAUCUUAUGGAUGCAGCUAUUUUCUUAAUCUCCACAAGGCUGCAGGUCAUCCUGUCCUUGUUUACAUGCCUGCUGGGAAGCUGGCCAAAGACAUUGAGAAGAUGUCUGAUGAAGCUGCCGCUAGCUUUGCUUUCACGCAGCUUAAAAAGAUCCUUCCAGAUGCUUCUUCACCGAUUCAAUAUCUCGUGUCUAGGUGGGGUACAGAUAUUAAUACACUCGGUUCCUAUAGCUACGAUGCAGUUGGGAAACCGCAUGAUCUGUAUGAGAAGCUGCGUGUCCCUGUAGAUAACUUAUUUUUUGCCGGGGAAGCAACGAGUGUGUUGCAUACUGGGUCUGCUCAUGGUGCUUUUUCUACAGGAACCAUGGCUGCCGAGGACUGCAGGAUGCGUGUUCUGGAGCGCUAUGGGAAGAUAGAUUUGUUCCAGCCAGGGAUGGGAGAUGAGGUCUCAGUGAUACCACUUCAAAUCUCUCGUUUUUAAUCAUUAGGAGGCCUUAUGCAGCGCCCUCACUCAUCAGUGGCGCGUUUAUGUGAACCUCAAUCAUUAGGUGUUGUGACUCCUAGAUUUUGAAUAAUCUCAUGAAUAGCGUAGAAAUGAACUAGUAAUAGUUUGGAAAUGAAGUGUGCACUUUUAGUUAUAUUUGGUAAUAGAUAUUGUAAUGUUUUUGGGUUUUCUCUGUUGUCUUUUAAGUAACCUCAAUCAUUUUCAAUUGCAUUGGUGAACUUGAUUU